AUGAACUCCGCUGUGGCAUCUCAUUUAGAGAUUCUUACUCGAGACAGGAAGAUGAGCAGUUCUGAUAUCAGGGAUAAUAUCCCAAUUAGCGUGCAGCGAGAGCUUCCGAUCGGCGGAGUAGGAAAUUUAGGAUUGUUACCUGUUCUGGAAUUUGGAAAAUCUGGUAUAGCUGACAAACGUUCGGCCAUUUUGGCCCAACCCAAGGUGGCCCACUAUACAAGUAUAGCCAGUCUAUUCCAUUAUCAUCUGCAUCUCCCGUCGGCUGAUACUGAUGAUGAUUCUGAUGCUGAUUUGCCAUGUGAUGAUGAUACUGAUUAUCGAGAUGAUUCUGAUGCUGAUUCUCGUAAUGAUAACUUUGAUGCCGAUUCUCGAGAUGAUAAUUCUGAUGGUGAUUCUCGAGAUGAUGAUUCUGAUGCCGAUUCUCGAGAAGAUCAUUCUGAUGCUGAUUCUCGAGAUGACUCUGAUAAUGAUUCUCGAGAUGAUAAUUCUCAUUAUGAUUCUCGAGUUGAAUCUGAUGCUGACUCUCUAGAAGAUCAUUCUGAUGCCGAUUCUCGAGAAAAUUCUGUCUUUGAUUCUCGAGAUGAUGAUUCCGAUGCUGAUUCUCGAGAAGAUUCUGAUCAUGAUUCUCGAGAUGAUGAUUCUGAUGCUGAUUCUCGAGAUGAUGAUGAUGCUGAUUCUCGAGAUGAUUCUUAUGAUAAUUCUCGUGAAGAAUCUGAUACUGACUCCUUCGAUAAUAAUUCUGAUGGCGAUUCUCGAGAAGAUUCUGACAUUGAUUCUAGAAAUGAUAAUUCCGAUGCCGAUUCUCGAGAUGAUUCUGAUGCUGAUUCUCCAGAUGAUUCUGAAUAUGAUAAUUCUGACGUUGACUCUCGAGAAGAUAAUUCUGAUGCCGAUUCUCGAGCCGAUUCUGAUGCUGAUUCUCGAGAUGAAUCUUCUGCUGAUUCUAUAGAUGAUAAUUUUAAUGCCGAUUUUCUAGAUGAUAAUUCCGACGCUGAUUCUCGAGUCGAUUCUGAUGCUGAUUCUCGAGAUAAUUCUGAUGAUUAUGCUAAUCCCGACGCUGAUUCUCAAGCCGAUUCUGAUGCUGAUUCUCGAGAUGAUUCUGAUGCUGAUUCUCGAUCUGAUGAUGAUGCUGAACCUCGAGAUAAUUCUAAUGCUGAUUCUCAAGAUGAUCCUGAUUAUGACGGUUCUGUUGCCCGUUCUCGAGAUGAUAAUUCUGGUGCUGAUUUUCGAGAUGAUAAUUCCGAUGCCGAUUCUCGAGAAGAUUCCGAUGCUGAUUCUCGAGAUGAUUCUGAUGAUGCUGAUGCUGCCAUCUGUGAGACGAUUCCCCCUGGGGGACCGAUCUGCAUCUUACCCAGGUAUCCCAUUGUCGGGGAAUCGUCUUGA